AUGGUGAGUGAUCAAGGCACCCUUUUUUGUAAUAGGAGACUGAUCGCUCUACUAAAGAAGCAUGGCAUUAUUCACAAGGUAAGAAUUGCUUACCACCCGCAGACUAACGGACAAGCAGAGGUGUCUAACAAAGAGAUAAAGCGUAUCCUAGAGAAGAUAGUCAAGCCUCAUAGGAAGGACUGGGGCACUAGGCUACAAGAUGUACUUUGGGCAUACCGGACAGCGUACAAGACACCUAUAGGGAUGAGCCCCUUCCGCUUAGUUUAUGGAAAGGCAUGUCACCUCCUAGUCGAGAUAGUGUACACGACAUUCUGGGCGGUAAGAGAAAUCAACAUGAGAUUUGAGAGGGCCGGAGUUGAAAGGAAAAUGCAACUACAUGCUGUACAAAGAGAAUAUGAAGAUGAAGGUUGUGCAUGA